GUGGGAACAGCGCCGCCACCGCUGAGGAAGUGACGGCUCCGGCGAAGCAGAGAAGGAAAUUAGAUUUAGAAGCGGCGGAGAGGAGAGAAGCGGUCUGUCCCGUACCCCACCGAGUCCCCGGACACCGCAGGCCGCGCUGCCGAGUCGGCCCGGUGUGAUGCCCCAUCUGUCGGGCUGGGUGGGUGAGAGCGGCCGCUGCCGGGACGAUGUCAGCCUCAGGCCAAAUGAUCAAACCUGAUGUGGUGAUUCUUAACACAGAAGAUGCAAGCCAGUGGACUGACUACCUUGCCAACUUGCUCACAUCAAGCCAUCACUUGGAGGUUCUGCCCUUUUCAAUAAGUGAGGACACCUUGUUUACAAGCCGGGAUCACAAUCAUUUUAAUAAGUGUAAAUGCCUCUUGGUUGUCCUAUCACCUCAGUUCUUGGACUGGAUCGUUCUCUAUGGGCAGGAGCGUGGACUGCACAAGAUACUGAGACCAGUGCACAAAGUGAUUGUGCUGUUUUGUGGUGCAGUGGAAACUCCAGAACUGCAGGCCUUGUUUGCAGACUGGAGUCGGUGGAGGCAACUCUCAUGCGAAGAUGAGCCAGACUCCUUUACAGAAGCUGUGGAAGAAACCAUAUCUGAGAGCAACAGCAGAGACUCUGGCCUUGAUACAACUGAAUCAGAAGGAGAUUAUAAAUUCGAAGUGCAGGGGAAUUUGGCAAGAUCAACAGAGGCUCCACAUUUGUCAUCUACUGCAGAACAUCUUGAAAACAUGGUGAAGGUUUUACCAGAGAGGAUCCAGUGUGGGGUUCCACAGCCGGUUUUUGUUAUUCUAAAGGUUAAACUGGACAGCAAAGUAAAAAAUGAAAUGGACUUUGCGAUGGGUAAGAAGAUGUCAGUCCGGGUCCCUGCGUUAUUUGUCAAUGAGUACACCCUGACGGCGGAUGCACCAGAUAUGUCACCUGGCAUGGUUUCACUCACUGUCUACUCUGGAGAUUUGAAAAUAUGUUCAGCAUCUUUAAUCUACUACACUGACAUGGAAGAAAUUGAAAAUCUCUUGAAAAAUGCCAUCAACCCGGUGGAAUUCAUGUGCCAGGCAUUCCGCAUCAUACCAUAUAACAGAGAAACACUGGACAAACUACUGACAGAAUCACUGAGAAGAAACAUGCCUGCUAAUGGUCUUCAUAUAUUUGGAAUUAAUCAGUUAGAAGAGGACGAUAUGUCUACAACUCAACGAGACAAGGGGCUCCCAACCCUACUUCACUUCUCAGCCAUGUAUGGUUUAAAGAACCUGACUGCCCUGUUGCUGCAGUGCCCUGGUGCUCUACAAGCCUACAGUGUGGCCAACAAGGAUGGAGAUUACCCAAACAACAUGGCAGAGAGGAACGGGUACAGGGAUCUCCGGCAAUUCAUGGAUGAAUACGUGGAAACAGCAGACAUGUUGAAGACUCACCUUAAGGAGGAGCUGUGUGGCAACAUGGAGGGGGAAGAGAACGAAGACUUGUAUGAGUCCAUGGCAACAGUAACCAAAGACAUCUUGAUGAAAUGCAGCUUAAAUCCUGGCUGCGAUGAGGACAUCUAUGAGUCGAUGAUUGAAAUGCUCCCUUCCUCCAACGUAAUGGACAGCACCUAUGAGUCCAUGUCCAACAUAUCAGAAGCGGCCCAGUCAUCUCAAUGUGUCCCUGAUCUCUAUGGUCCCACAAAAGAUUCCAUACUGAGAAGCUUCCUUCAGGGGUCAAUGAAGUCCCAUGCUCCUUUGAGUGAGAUGGAAGAGGACGCAUACAAUACGAGGAUAGAAGAUAUACAACAGAAGGAGAUUACAAACAGACCGCCAGCUCCUAACCCAAGAGUUCCUAUCGUUCCCAAUGUUGAGGACAUGCAGCCCUAUAUUUCCAAAGUGUUUUGCAGUGAAGGGAAGAGAGCAGAGAACCUUUACAUCACAGCCUUGCGUACCCCAGCAGGUGGACACCCCGGCCCAGCACUUCCAUCACGCUCAAAGCAGCCACUGUCGAGGGCGCCCUCCAGCGACUACGACCCAUUUGCGGGGAUGAAGACUCCUGGGCAGCGGCAGCUCAUCACCCUGCAGGAGCAGGUGAAGCUGGGAAUGAUCAACGUAGACGAAGCCCUCCUGCAGUUUAAAGAAUGGCAACUCAACCAGAAACGCAGAUCAGACUCCUUUCGCUUCCAACAGGAAAACCUGAAGAAGCUGCGGGAUAGCAUCACACGCAGACAGAACAUUAAAGGGCGACAUGGCAAACAUCGAGAGAUGGAGAUCACCCUUCCUGCUCGAUCACAGGACAUUUUAGACAGUGCAGAAUGUGGAGUGUAUGAAGCUAACCCCAGAUUCAUCUCGUCUUGUCCAAUCCGAGAGGGGAUACAACGGGGACAGUGGAAUACAGGAAGCACAUCCAGCACAGCAAGUAGCCUCAGCAGCCGAUCCAGUACGCGGAGUGUCUUGAGUCUAGGCAGUGGAGCAGAGGCCGACAAUGAGGAUAACGAACCAAUGAGCUGUGGGCCUGCAGGUUCUCGUCUAAGUCGACAGCGUCCACCGAGUUUGCCACCUCCUCGAAUUCCUCCCCGUGGACCAUCCAGGAGUCCAAACCAGCCACCAGUCAAGUCGACUCCUGCUCCUCCAGUGCCACCUAGAGGCCGAUAGUCACAUCUCAAGAACAACCAAGAUCUUGAUGAAUCAUCCAUCGUUCAAGCAACACACCUUCACCACCUGGAACAAGAAGUGUGGUUCAUUCCAAGAUUUACACCUUUGCAAUUUGUUGCAUUGUUGUUGACACAGCACAUAGGACAUCUCUGAAGAAUGUCAGCGUUUUAUUAUCUAGGUGUGCAGAACUACCAAAUUGCUCGGCAAAACCAUGGACGUGAAGCUAAGAACAGCUAUGUCAAAUGCAAAUGAUACCGAGCUUGUCCGAAUCUCAGAUGAGCAACCAAUCUCCUACUCGAUCCUGUGUGUGUUGCAAAGGCCUCAUUUGUAGGAAUGUCGAACAGAUUUAGAACACUUCGAUUCUGCAUUCAAGAAAAAUCCAAUGAGCAUAUAAAAUUUUAAAUAACAAAUGGUGAACUAUUGGACAGUUGAGGAUUGUGGGGAACAGGCAGGAAGCUGGAGCUGAGAACAAAGUCUGAUUAGACACAUUAGUGAAUAGAGGAGCUGGCUCAAGGGGCCGAGUGGCCUACUCAUGUUCCUAUUUCUAUGUACUUAUCAUAUUUAGCUGAAUAAUUUUGCACGCUACAAUCAAGAUUUUUCAUCUACUGCUGUUUCAUGACAGAAAUCUAGAUGGUUCCUCAAACCAGUUUAUUCUAAAUACAAAUCUAUGGCAGGACAAUUCAGGAACUCCCUCGUCUGUCUGAGAGAUUUAGGCAAGUUCACCCGUAAUAUAUAAAUGUCUCUCAGAAAUGUCUUUGGAUAAAGGAUAGCCGAAGACUAGCGUAGCAAGUUCACGUUUAGUUAUCGAUCGACCGUAUAUGAAUACCCAUGAAUACAGUCAAAUGAAACAGCAAAACCCAGUACCAACAGUCAUACACAGCAAAAGACACAUAUAGCACAGUAUAAGAUAACAGUAAAUAUGCAGUCGCCCAAAAAAAAAACAUAAUAUAGCCCAAGUCCCUGAGCAACAUGUCCUGCAGAUUGAUGGUGCGCGGAUGAUUGUUGGCAAGGGCAAGUGCUCAGCAGACUGCAGAUGAACGUAAUCCACCUUGUCUUCCACCGAGCAAACACUGGAUGGCAGCACUGAUGGGAGUGGCCUGCUCCAAUCCAGCAUGGGCACUGCACCACACCACAUCCGGCAUCUCCUCUCCUGGGCGGCUACAACUGACGAUCCAGCUGCAUCAGGCCCAGUCCGAGCUACAACCAAGAUCACACAGCUUCCCAGCUGUCAGUCACACCAAUAAAUCAGUAAACUGGACUCUUAGUGUACUACCUUGCCAAUGUCCAACAGGGUCUAGCGAUCACAAGGAAAGUGCUCAAGAUAAUCACUCGCUGUCAGACUGCACACUAGCUUCAUGCACUGACUCUGACGCCUCUCUGUAGCAACACAGUCCGCACCAAGCCCAGCCCCUCCAGCUCCCUUGCUAUCGAGCAACUUGCUGUUGGGGUAGAUCUGCAGUACCCAAAGUUCUUAAAGUUCAGCAAUGUCUUGCAAUUGUAAAGAGAAAGUUUUAAAAAGACAAAGGCAUCUCUAUUGGCCGCAGGGAGGCCGCUGUGUCCAAGUAUGCUGCCACCUUACAGGAAUGAGGACUGAUACCCCCAUAGUAGGGUUCAAAGGCAUAGCGACUGCAUGUUGAUGUUUUCCUAAGUAGCUGAUGAAACACUGAUCAUUACUAAAACACGCCAGCAGGACAGUCUGUUGCUUUGUUGUAAAACGUUCCUUUCUGCAAGAAAGAGUAGUCCUUGUUCUGAUCUUCUUCUUUGUUCUCUGUAAGCCCCUCACCUGUUCUAUACCCAGCUGUUAAUUCCUGCCUCACCCCAGGUGAAGCUGGCUGGUUUCAGUGCUUUCUGUUCCACUGGUAACUAUGCACCUCCCUGGUAUACAUCACUUUGAAAUCUAUGCAUAAUGUCCUGGAUUGAUAAUUCAGUUUUUUGUAGUGCGAGGAAGAUCUACUGUAUUUUUCAGUUCAUAGUCUGAUUUGCUGCCUUAACACAUGCCUGACAACUGAAAUUUUUUUCUAUAAUCUGAAUAAUUUUUUCACUAUGGAUGCAAUCAUCUUUGUAAAAUAUUUGUAUGACAUACUCUGUUUUGAAUCUUCAGCAGAAUCAGAAGCAGAUUUAUUAUUAUUGACAUAUAAUGUGAAGUUUGUUAUUUUGUGGCAGCAGUACAGUGCAGAGACAAUGAUUAAUAAGGUACAAAAAUAAGCAAAUGAUGCAAAAAAAAAGUUAACAGUGAGGUAGUAUUCAUGGGUUCAUAGAUCGUUCUAAUGGCUGAAGGGAAGCAGUUCUUCCUGAAACGUCCACCGUGGGCCUUCCUCCUUCGUGGUAGUAAUGAGAAGAGGGCAUGUUCCAGAUGAUGAGGGUCCCAGUGACAGAUGCUGCCUCCCUGAGUCUUCCUUAGAUGUCUUAUCUGUUGAUUUGGUGCUUAUUUUAGAGAAAGAUGUUAGUUAGACAGUAAACUCCCUCUCCCCUGCCCCACAAAGUGCUUGUGGCCUAGUUUUGCAGGAUUAUCCCGAAUGGGACAGUGGAAAGUGACCCCCCCCCCCCAUUUGUGUCUUGUGAGUUUGUCCGGCUGAUGUCACCAGCCCCAUUGUCCAUCUACAAGAGUGAAGAAUGAAAUGCGUUCGCAAGAGAGGAAAGGAAGCAUUAACAGAUAUUUCAAACAGUGGAUGGAUUCAGAGACAUUUAGUAAGAGAUUUGGUGGGAUCUGGUUCUAUAUUUUUUGAAAAUACUGCCAUUAUUUUCCUAAUGUGAGAUUGUGUUUACGUAUGUCUGAACAAAUUGUAUGCUCCAAUGAUCAAAUUGAGAUUCAACCUGAUGCACGUUGCUGUCUUUUUCAUUAAUUCAUAGGAUGUGGUCACCAUUUGCGAUGUAAAGUCUGCUCAUUUAUCUUUGAGAGCGGUGAGCUGACGUUUGUCUGACAAGGGGCAUGGGGGCAGAGUGUUAGUGCUGCUGCCUCUCAGCUCCGAGGACCCGAAUCUGAUCUUAACUUCAGGUGCUGUCUGUGUGGGGCUCGCACGUUCUCCCUGUGACUGUGUGGGGCUCUCUUGGGUAUUCUAGUUUCCUCACAAGUACCAAAGACAUUUGCCACAUUAAUGGACUGCUGUAAAUUACCCCUUAAUAUAGGUUAAAGGGGUUGUGUGUGUGGCAAAGCAAAUUGAAGGGAUACAGGGAAACAAGGAGUGGGAAUGGAUAAAUGGAGAGUGUUUCCAAAUUCAGUGAAGGACUAUUGAAGAUUAAACUGGUGUGUGACCAUCUGCUUCAUCAAAUAAAUCUGUGGGAGGGAGGAAGCGGUAGGGAAAUGUGGGGUAAUGAGACUGAUGGGAAAAAGAUGAGUGCUGGCAUAGACUCGGUGGGCCAAAAGGAUCCUUUUCGGACAUAAAAUUUGAGAUAUAUAGGGCAGCUGGCUGAGCAACAUGGCUUGCACGUGUUUGUUGAUCUCAUUUUCCAAGGCUGGAGGAGGUCACGAGCUGGGAAUUUACUUCUUGUCAAAAGAACAGACAGGUCUUCUCACUGGGUGUGGUGGCAGAGUGGGUGCUAUUUAAGCCUUCCCCUGAAUUACUUCAGCCUCUCUGUUGCUUGCUGGAGCUCUGCUCGUCCAAGUAUUCUCUCAUACUCCUGUCCUGCAGCAGCUGGGAAAACUUUGGGUGCCAGGAGAUGGGUUACUUGGAUACACAGCCUCUGGCCUGUUCCCGUAGACAUGCUGUUUUUGUGCCAAGUUCUUUUAGAUUUCUGGCCUUUGGUGACCCCUGCUGUUGAUAGUGGGGCAUUUGAUGAAAGUAAUUGCAUAGAAUAUGGUUAGACUUUGUGCACUUUAUCUUCUUGUGUGGUCAGAAAGAUUGAGAUCAUUAAGUACAACUUUUAUGUUUUGAAAUUUUGUGCACCAGUGUUAAAUGACUUAAAAUACACAAAUAUUAUCUUAUCUAUCUAGAAAUAUAGAUUUUAAUCACAAUGUUGCAGCCUUAGAAAUUAAAAUCAUUUAUCUGA